AUGGACAAUAGUAGGAUGAACUCCUUCUUAGAGUAUGCAAUUUGUAACCGUGGGACGAGCGCCUACUCGCCCAAGGGCUACCACCACUUAGAGCAAGGCACAGCUUCCUUCCCUGCCUGCUCAGGUACCCCUGCCAGUGACAGCUACCACGGAGAUGGGCGCCUGGGAGCAGGAGGGAGCACUGCUGCACCUAGCCACCUCCCCCAGCAGAGCCCUGGCUACCACCCCACGCCCUCCUCUGGCCUUGCCAUCCCCUUCCCGGGCGCUGCCUCCGCAGGGUACCCGCCCCAAGCCUACAACCCGAGCUACGGGCAUCCCCACUUCUACCUCGGCCAACAGGACGCGGAUGGUGCCUACUUCCAGGCGCCGGGGUAUGGCCUCAACGCCGGAUCUAACCUCAGCUCCUUGCCAGAGGGCUACUGCGGGGCAGUGGCUGCCCCCGGGCAGUACCAGCAGCACUCGUAUGGGCAGGAGCAGCCAGGCUACUUGCCGGGGGCUUACAGCGGCCUCUCGCCUUCUCUAAACGAAAGCAAGGACCACGCGUGCCCAUCCGAGCAGUGUCCCACCACCAGCGCCACGCAGACCUUCGACUGGAUGAGAGUGAAGAGGAAUCCCCCCAAGACAGCUAAAGUGUCCGAGUACGGGGUGGUCGGCCAGGCCAACACCAUCCGAACCAACUUCACCACCAAGCAGCUGACGGAGCUGGAGAAGGAGUUCCACUUCAACAAGUACCUGACGCGGGCCCGGCGGGUGGAGAUCGCCGCCACCCUGGAGCUCAACGAGACCCAGGUCAAGAUCUGGUUCCAGAACAGGAGGAUGAAGCAGAAGAAGAGGGAGAAGGAAGGACUCGCCCCCGCGGCACCCCCCAGUGCUGCCAAGGAAGCGGGGGAAGCCUCGGACCAGUCCAACUCCACUUCACCUGAGGCCUCUCCCAACUCGGUGUCCUCCUGA